ACAUACCAACACCCACAGGUUCUAAUCACCUCUACUACAUCUUUAAUGCACUUUGCCCUUUGGGUGCUUGUCUUGUUGCUCAAUUCAGUAACGAGGGCAAUUUAUUUUUUAUUUUUACCUGUUUUCUUAUUGUUCACGGGAUUGCCACUUGAUGCAGAAUGUUGGGUUGUGUCAACCUAAAGGGCAUUUACAGGAUAAUUUGAAUAUAUAACUGAUUGGUCAAUCUAGUUGGUAAAAAAGUUUGUUGUCAUUUUAUUUAUUAAAAAUUUGAUUCUUCAAAGAAAUUUUGAGUAAAUAAUCUACGAAUACAAAAAUAGAUUUUUGUCAUGGAAAACGAAUACCUAAGCGAUGUUAUUUUUUCCAAAUUGAGAAGCCAAAUGAGGAAGGUCAUGGAUGCAUCAUGCAUGCAAUCUUCCCAACCAUAAUGGAUUUGAGAUCAUCUUUGCAACACUCACUAACGGUCACAUGGGGCUUCAAAGCUUAAUUUUUCUGAAACGUGAAAGCAUUUAAACCAAAUCUACACUCACUUCCUACAUAAUCCCGCGCCACGCUGCUCACUUUCUCCGUACUCUCACUCUCCUCAUUCCUCACUUCUUCCCCAUGGAAAACUUCAGAAAAUCUCCAUUAAAGCCCUGGAAGAAAGGUCCUGCCAGAGGGAAAGGUGGCCCUCAGAAUGCCUCCUGCCAGUACAGGGGAGUGCGGCAGAGAACAUGGGGCAAAUGGGUGGCAGAAAUCAGGGAGCCCAAGAAGAGAACCAGACUCUGGUUGGGUUCUUUUGCCACGGCAGAGGAAGCUGCCAUGGCAUAUGAUGAGGCUGCAAGGAGGCUAUACGGACCUGAUGCUUACCUCAAUCUUCCCCACCUUCAACCCAACUCAAACUCUCAUCCCACAAACAGAUUCAAAUGGAUUCCUUCGAAGAAUUUCAUCUCCAUGUUUCCUUCUUGUGGCCUGCUCAAUAUCCAUGCCCAACCUAGCGUUCAUGUUAUUCAUCAGAGGCUCCAGGAACUCAAGAAGAAUAAUGGAGCCAUGAGCCAAUCUUCCUCUAGUUCAUCUUCCUGUGAAUCAAAAACUCUUACUCAGAUCAUAACUGAGAAAACCCAGAUAGAAAAUUCAAUAACCAAGGAGAAAGACGUAGAUAUUUCAUCAGGGGAAAUAAUGCAGGGAGCUUGUGAUCAGCAGGAGAAACCACAGAUUGAUUUAAACGAGUUCCUUCAGCAGCUGGGAAUAGUGAGAGAGGAAAAGCAGUCAGAGACUGAAGGAACGUACAAUAUUGCUACAGAGAGUUCAACAGGGAUGGAUUCUUCCUUUGGAGAUUACAAUGAACUUGCAGCCUUUGCAGAGAAGAGCUUCAACUGGGAUGCUCUAAUUGAGAUGCACGGAAUUGCAGCAUAUCACCAAGCAGCCGAUGCCAACUUCCAUGCUCAUGAUAUUCAAGAGGAACUAACCUUGCCUACCUCCAUCUGGGACUUCUAAAGUAGUAAUUAAUAGGUUUUUCCAAUCUUCAGAUGAGCUAGAGAUACUAUGUUUAGAAGUACUGUAGGUUGCAUUGCUGUACCGUGAUAGCAUUUUCAUUUAUUACUCGAGUCACCUUCACUUAAGACUAACCUUCUCCAAAAUCCAACUUAUCUGGCUCCUCUCAACAUCUACUCGAAUUCCAGACCAGAUACUUCACGUGACACUAAAAAGUUCUCCAUUAUCCACUCAACCUAACAGCAACAGCAUAUCUAUGACUUCUAAUCUAAUGCAUCAAAAUCUGGACAACUUGCAAUUGCUAUUGGACAUUAAAAUCCCAAUGUCAAA